GUUUACGGCCGGUUUAGUAUCCAAAAUGCGCUGGUCUCAAUGCUGUCAGACGGUGGGGUUGAAGAAAGGGUCGUGGACCCCUGAGGAAGACCAGAAGCUUUUGGCUUACAUCGAAGAACAUGGCCAUGGAAGCUGGCAAGCCUUGCCCUCAAAGGCUGGGCUGCAGAGAUGUGGGAAGAGCUGUAGAUUGAGAUGGACUAAUUACCUCAGACCUGACAUUAAAAGAGGAAAGUUUAGCUUGCAGGAAGAACAGACCAUCAUUCAGCUCCACGCUCUACUCGGUAACAGAUGGUCCGCUAUAGCAACUCACUUGCCCAAUAGAACAGAUAAUGUGAUCAAGAACUACUGGAACACGCAUCUCAAGAAAAGACUAAUUAAGAUGGGCAUUGAUCCCGUCACCCACAAGCCCAAAAGCGAUGCCUUGACCUCCGGCAGUGGCCACUUCAAAGACACAGCCAAUUUAAGCCAUAUGGCUCAGUGGGAAAGCGCGCGGCUGGAAGCCGAAGCCAGACUGGUAAGAGAGUCUAUGCUUGUGUCUAAACCUAUCCAACAACAGCUCAGCAGUCCUGCUCCGGCUCAGCUCAUCAACAAAAACCCAGCUCAACCCGCACUACCUCCAUACCUCGACGCACUCAAAGCAUGGCAAGGGGAAUGGUCGAAGUCAAUGAGUGCCGGUAUUUUCCCAAUUGCUGGCAAUGACCUCGAGUCUCCAACAUCAAUGUUGAACUUCUCGGAGAACGCACUCCCCAUCCAAACUGUUGCAUUCAAUGAAAGCACGGUGACUGCAAUUCUUGAUUUUGCCAAAAGCUCGGUUACAUGCAAUGAAGGGUUCAUCAAAGAAGUCUGUCAAAUGCCGGAACUCAAAGAAAUAUCAGAUAUUGACACAAUGGCCUUGCAGGACAUUGCAUAUACUACUAAAAGUGCAUGGCUUGUGGACUCUUUUAGGGCUGGGAAUGAAAACACGCCUCUUUCAAAUAUCAUGGAAGGUUUCACCGAUACAUUGCCGUAUAAUUAUGACUACCAGAACUUAUUGAUGCCCGGACACAACUUGAAUAAUGAGGAUAAAAGCUGCAGAGGUGACCUUGAAGACAAUAAUAAGAAUUGCUGGAACAGCAUGCUUGGACGUCAUCUAGUUCGCCCGUGUUCUGAAAUUUUCGAAAAAUUGUCAGAGAGGUCGCAAGAUGAUUAG